GUGCACUCCUGAUAUGCAAUUUGUAUAUGUUCUAAGUGGUUGGGAAGGAUCAGUGGCUGAUAGUCGAGUUCUUCGUGAUGCAAUUAGUAGGACACAUGCAUUGGAAGUGCCACAUGGUUGCUAUUACCUAGUUGAUGCUGGUUAUACAAAUUGUGAGGGGUUUCUAGCACCUUUUAGGGGACAAAGGUAUCAUUUGAAUGAAUGGCGUCAUGGUUAUCAACCAACAAGCCCGCAAGAAUUUUUUAAUAUGAAACAUGCAGCUGCUCGUAAUGUGAUUGAGAGGUGUUUUGGGUUAUUAAAAAUUAGAUGGGGUAUUCUUAGGAGCCCAUCAUAUUACCCUAUAAAGACACACAAUCGCAUUAUUAUAGCAUGUUGUUUGCUCCACAACCUUAUUAGACAAGUGAUGCAAGUCGAUCCUAUGGAAAGUGAACUUGAUGCGUUUGAUACGGUUGAAGGUGAAACGAAUUCAAUAAAUACAGUUGAUCCAUCUGAUGCUUGGACUAAUUGGCGAAUGGAAUUAGCAAAUCAAAUGUUCAAUCAAUGGAAUAAUUAGGAGUCUGAUUUUUUAUUAUCUUUUAUGAGCUUGUUGUCUCAAUUUUAUUUGAUGUAAAACUCUAUGUUUGUCAAAAAUUUGAACUACUCCAUGACAUUUGCUUAUGUUGAAAUUGUUAUGACAUUUAAUUAUGUUUC